UACUGAGUGAUUGGAUGGAAGAAGGAACGGAGAGGGAGCCACUAGGAACUCUCUUCGUCUCUCUCUAUCUCUUCCUCUCUUUCCCUUUUGUGCUCUCUCGCCUCAAUCCAGCUGCCGAGAGAAAUCGACGUCUGUUGCGGAAUUGCCCUCCAAAAUGCUCGUUUUUAGGGGCUUCUUGGCGCUGAACAAGGGGAUCUGGAGCUCACGGUGUUCAAAAUGAGGCCUUUCCGAGCGAGAAAGGUCAAGUUUUAGGUUCCGCGGGCUCUUGGUUCGAUUUCCGCUGGAAGAAGCCUGAUCUUUGUGGUAGGAGGCUUUGCAAUGGAGCUCCAAAUGGAGGUUUGGAGUGACGAGAGGAGGAAAGGUGGGAUCUUUUGAAGACUGGAGUACGUUUGUAGCACUUUGUUAAGCUUGUUUUGUAGUUUCGAGUUGCUACGACUGUUUCCGAGGCGAGAUCUGAAAUGUUCUUUGUUCUACCACCGGGUUUUGCUCGAGCGCCUUAGUUUCCGUGCAAGCUUUAGCUGUUUCGUGCGAGGUUUAAGCCCUAGAGCUUGCUAAAAGCUCGGGAUUUGUUCGCACUUCGAAGCGUCGGAAGGAGAUUUCUUUCCGAGUACAUGAGCUUGGGCUUUGGGACGGAAACAUUAGUUCUGAGUUGAAAUUUGUGGGGUCUUGAGUUGCAAGGACUUUGUUGAACUCUGGAGGUUGAAGAUUCGGAACCGUAGGGUUUGAAAGAAGCGUUGGACCUGAUGAGAGUGGAAGCGAGCGUCUCUUGCAGCGGAACUGGCUUUGGAUGAAGCUUUAGUUGGAACUUAAUGUCGCAAAUGAAGCUCUGAUGUCGUUUCCUUUGACUCUCGUUCUCUGUUCCGUAGCUAAAGACCGGGUCCUACUUUUUGGACUGAAGAUCUGAACAGGGUAUGCCAAUAAGCUUAUUGCGCAUAAAGAAUGGUUUUUGCGCCAUGGUGUGUCGUCCAUUGAAGCUUUCUCGUGUUUGUUGAAGAUAAAGUCCAACUGUGUUCCUCAUUUUUCUUUCAUUUCGCAUCAAGCCUGUCCAUACCUUCAUUAUGAGGCUUUCAUCUUCGGGUCUUCCUCAGCAGACACAAGAAGGGGAGCAGAAGUGCCUGAAUUCGGAGCUGUGGCAUGCAUGUGCUGGACCACUUGUCUGUUUACCCGCUAUUGGAAGCCGUGUGGUGUAUUUUCCUCAGGGACAUAGUGAGCAGGUAGCUGCUUCUACUAAUAAAGAAGUAGAUGGCCAUAUCCCCAAUUACCCCAACUUACCUCCUCAGUUGAUCUGUCAGCUUCAUAAUGUAACAAUGCAUGCAGAUGCUGAGACGGAUGAAGUAUAUGCCCAGAUGACACUGCAACCAUUAAGCCUGGAAGAACAAAAGGAACCCUAUCUUCCUGCUGAAUUGGGUACUCCAAGCAAACAGCCGACCAACUACUUCUGUAAGACCUUGACUGCAAGUGACACCAGCACCCAUGGUGGUUUCUCUGUUCCUAGGCGGGCAGCUGAAAAAGUCUUUCCACCACUGGAUUAUUCUCAGCAGCCUCCUGCGCAAGAGCUAAUUGCAAGAGACCUUCAUGAUAAUGAAUGGAAGUUCCGUCACAUUUUCCGAGGUCAACCAAAGAGGCAUCUUCUGACAACUGGAUGGAGUGUGUUUGUAAGUGCAAAAAGGCUAGUCGCCGGGGAUUCAGUACUCUUUAUCUGGAAUGAGAGCAAUCAGCUGCUUAUAGGUAUUCGGCGUGCUAAUCGACCACAAACUGUUAUGCCUUCGUCUGUAUUAUCAAGCGAUAGCAUGCAUAUAGGCCUCCUCGCUGCAGCAGCUCAUGCUGCUGCAACAAACAGCCGUUUUACCAUAUUUUACAACCCAAGGGCGAGCCCUUCAGAAUUUGUUAUUCCACUAGCUAAGUAUGUUAAAGCAGUCUAUCACACACGUGUUUCCGUGGGGAUGCGUUUUAGAAUGCUUUUCGAGACAGAGGAGUCAAGUGUUCGCAGAUACAUGGGCACCAUCACAGGGAUAAGUGAUCUAGACCCUGUCCGUUGGCCAAACUCACAUUGGCGUUCUGUGAAGGUUGGCUGGGAUGAGUCAACUGCUGGGGAGAGGCAGCCAAGAGUAUCCCUUUGGGAGAUUGAGCCUCUGACAACAUUUCCGAUGUAUCCAUCUGCCUUUCCCCUUAGACUCAAGCGGCCUUGGCCUUCUGGAUUGCCCUCUCUGCAUGGUGGGAAAGAUGAUGAUAUUGGUUUGAACUCUUCUCUUAUGUGGCUUCAAGAUGGCGAAAGGGGGAUACAGUCCUUGAAUUUUCAGGGAUUUGGGAUGACACCUUGGAUGCAUCAGAGAUGCAAUUCAUCCAUUCUUGGUCUACAGCCUGAUAUGUAUCAAGCAAUGGCUUCAGCAGCACUACAGGAGAUGAGGGCUGUGGAUUUUUCCAAACAGGCAACUUCUACUGUGAUGCAAUUUCAACAACAUCAGAACAUAACAAACGCAUCAGCUCCACUAUUAGCUAGUCAGGUCUUACAACAAAUGCAACCCCAAUCUCAACAAACCCUCCUUCAGAACUUGCAAGAAACCCAGAAUCAAAAUCAGACUCUGUAUCCAUUUGUCCAGCAUCAGAUGCAGCAUUGCAACUCAUUUCAUGAUCAGGAGCAGCUGCAACCGCGACUGCUUCAGCAGCAGGAGCAGGAGCAACUGCAGUCACGACCUCUGCAGCAACAGGAACAGGAGCAACUGCAUCCGCGAUCUCUCCAGCAGCAGGAGCAGAAACCUCAGAAACAGCAAAUACAACAGCAGCAGUUAUCUAAUCAACAAAUUCCUAAUGCAAUGUCAACCUUGUCUCAGUUUGCAUCUACUUCUCAGGCCCAGACUUUGUCCUUGCAGAAAAUGGCAUCGUUAUGCCAGCAGCAGAAUUUGCCCGAGACAAUCAUCAACCGCAUGUCCACAUCUGGUGUCUCCCCUCUGCAUGGGAUUUUGCACCCAUUUUCAGCUGAAGAAACAUCAGGCCUUGUUAGUAUGCCAAAGACAACUCCACUAAUUGCUACAAGCCCAUGGUCAUCUAAGCGACUAGCUGUUGAAUCCAUUCCUGUACUUCAAUCCAUGCAGCCAGAGGUCAAACAAUUGGGUUCUCAGAUCAACUUCUCUCAGAAUGCUGUUACUGUACCACCAUCUUCAGGAAGAGAUUGCUCUCUCAACCAGGAAUGUGGAAUGGAUCGUCAAAGCAAUCUGCUUUCCAGUGUGAAUAUAGACUCUUCAUCACUGUUGGUGCAGAAUGGCAUGUCAAAUCUUAGGAACUUUGACAAUGAUACUGUUUCAACAUUGAUGCCAUUUGUGAGUACCACUGGAACAGAUUAUGCAUUGCAUCAAGCACUGACAAGUUCUAACUGUAUAGAGGAUUCGGAGUUCUUGCAGUCUCCGAAUAGUGUGGGUGUUAUGAACCCACAAAAUGGAACCUUUGUCAAGGUUUACAAAUCGGGGUCCUUUGGAAGGUCAUUGGAUAUUACAAAAUUUAACAGUUAUCCCGAGCUCCGCAGUGAGCUUGGGCGUCUGUUUGGCCUAGAAGGCCUGUUGGAGGACCCUCUAAGAUCAGGCUGGCAGCUUGUAUUCGUCGACCGGGAAAAUGAUGUUCUUCUCGUAGGCGAUGACCCAUGGCAUGAGUUUGUUAAUAAUGUAUCGAGCAUAAAGAUCUUGUCACCCCAAGAAGUUCAGCAGAUGGGCAAGGAAGGGGUUGAUCUUCUUAAUGCAGCUACAAACAGGAGAAUCCCAAGCCACACUUCUGAUGAAUAUAUCAGCAGGCAGGAGUCCAGAAAUUUGAGCAAUGGAAUGGCAUCUGUGGGGUCCCUGGAUUACUGAGAAGAAUUAGACAGUUGAGUUGGAAACCUGGAAUAUCUUUAAUUUCCACUUUUGUAGUAAUUAACAUUAUGUAUUUUCUAUCAGGUAUGCACUACUUGUCUGAGUUUAGCAUGUCUGUGUAUAUUAUCGUAUUGUUUAUGAUACCAAGUCAUGUUAUGUCUUAUCAAGCCAAAGAUGUGGAGACAAUGUAUUCCACGGACAUUAGCAGAAUUUUGUGCCACUGCUGUUAUCAGCUUGAAUUAAGAUCUUGUGUUGUUUCGA